AUGCCUAAAUCCAGUCAAACCCCCUCUAAAUCCAAAUUAUCAUCCAAGGCUGAAGCAAAAUCCAAAAUCAUGAAGCCCAAAUCAAAGAAAAGUGCCAAGCUAUCAAGUGAACCUAUACUAACACCUGCUCCUUCUCCUUCAAUAUCUUCCACUGUACCUGCAUCAUCAUCCUAUGUUCCUGCUGCUCUCACCAUUCCCACCUCCACUGCAUCCCCACUUCCAAAACCAACCACCCAUGCACCUGAGCCUACUGCGAAAAAUACCUCUAAGUCAACCAAGUUCAAGGCUACUCCAAGAAAAUCUGUCAAGAAAGUGCCUGAUGCUGUUACUAAGGUAGACACAGUGGUCAAGGAAUCUGUGGUUCAGGGGGAAUCAGUGCCAGUCAUUGCUAAUCAGGUACAAAAUCCUCAUUCAAAAUUAGAUGUUUUGGUAUCUAAUAUAUAUGUUGCACCCUUAGACUCUCUCCCAUCCACGAGUGAGAAACCAAAAGUAGAAGAAUUCACCGUAGAAAAUGGUGUAUGUGAUAUGGGGAAAGAGGUAGAUACUACUACUGUGGGGCCUGUGGUUGAGGGGGAAAGAAGUAAAGAACCAAUGCAAAAGGAGGCAUCUGAUAGUCUUUCAUUUAGCUGGACGGAGAAUGAGGAUGAUGAUGGGGUUAAUGAAGAAGAAAACUCUGAGAAUAAGGGAGCAUCUGGAGAUGAGAAGGAGAGUGAUACGGAUGAUAAGAUAGGUAAACAAGUAAAUGAUUCUGCAGAAGAAGAAAAUCAUAGUGAAGUUGAGGACAAUUCUGAGAGUGAGGGUGAGGAUCAAGAAAAAGUAAGUGAGAGUGAAGGAGUGGAUGAAGAGAGUGAGGAAGAGAAUAAGAAUUUGAGUGAAAAGUCUGAAGGCUUUAUGCCCAAUGGGAACACUGUCAUAGCCCCUUCAGAAGAAACUGGUGAAGAGAAAAGGACUCAGAAACCUAGGUCUCUGCUAACUCCUUUCACUGGAGAUGAAGAGGUUAGAAGUGCCAAGAAGCCAAGGAAGAAGGUCUCAAUUGUGGAACCUAUGGUUGAGCUGGAUGGAGAGGAUGAGUCUGAGUCUGCCUCGCUAACUAAGUCCUCUACACCAAAGAGAAAGGUUGCCAAAAUUACAAAAACUGCUAUGCCUUCUGCAAGGACCAGUAGGGGAAAUACAAGAAAGAAUGUGCCGGCUGCAGUUGAUCGACUCACAAAGUUCAGGAACAGAUAA